CUGCGCGUGUUUGUGUGCGUGAUGCGGUGAGUGGGCCAGUAUGACGCGAGUCAAACGCUGCAAUGGGGAGAAAUGGAGGAGCAAGUGUCAGCUGUCAUCAUGCGUCCACAUUACACAUGUGUGUGAGUGAGGGGGAAUAGGCAGAGAGAUUGGUAAAUGGCUGACUGUCCUGCGAGAGCUAUAAGUAAAAAGCUAUAAGACAGAAACCAUCGGUGCCGAAUACGUGAGGCAAACCACACACCACACUGACAAACACGCUCUCUCUCUCCCUCUCUCUCUCUCUCACACACACAUAGACCAUCCCCCCUAAGCCAAGGCCAUAGCUACAUACGCACUCAUGCUCACAUAAAAUAACACAAACGGUCAUGUGGGUAUAUAUUCUGUAUGUACUAUUUUACGCAUGAUCAUUUUCCUCGCUUUUUGCUUUCGAUUGGUGCGCGCGGCUCAGCCUCUGCGACCGAUGCGGCAUUUGACGAUGGGAGAUGCAGAAUAGAAGAGAGCGUAUAAUAGCGCACCAGGCCUUUAAUAAUUAAGGGUGGACUCGAACCUGUUACAGUACAUCUCUCUGAAUAAUGUACAUUUUCUCUGUUAUCCGAGAUGUUGACAGCGUGCUUAUAUUUCAGGCAUUGACUGUGACGAUUUGUUAUUGAUAUUCUAAAGUAUGAAGGAUCUGUCGGUGACCGGACACCUGUCCUGUGGAGAUGUUAUGGAAGUUUUUUGAUGCCAUCAACAUACACAGCACACCUAUGACUUUGUCAGUUUAGGAACAGAGCUAGUUCCCUUUGUGUUCAGUCACCAAAAUCAAUAACAUAAUCAAUCAGUCAAUGAAAUAAUCGAUCAUUUGAGUGGACGGAUAAGUCUGUUUGUUUCCACAGAGGCCAGAGUUUCAGACAGUAUAUAAAAAUCUUUGAGUUAAGCAGUCAGUCAGCAGCUUUUUUGCAUGAUGAUGGGUAGGGGAAUGAUAUUUUGGUGGCUUGUUUGACUGAUUGACUGGGGACAGAUUGCAGCAGAUUUAUUGAUCUCUGAAAAGAUCAAACAAGCACACCAACAUGGAUUUAGUCUCUGACUCGCUCGCUCACUCGCUCUCUCUCCCUCUACUCUAAUUCCAUUGUCUGUCUCCUGGGUGGAUGUUGAAGCUGAAUAAAUAUUAAUUUCGUUUUUAAUAAAAGCAGUUUGCAGACAGUGCCACUGCCCUGUUCUCCAUCUCCCUGUCUGCAAACUGCCUUAACACUGGCAGAAUGAGCUCAGCUAGGCUGUUCUUUGAUCAGCCAUGGGGUUUCUCACUGAUACCAGAAAAGGCAAAUUUUUGGUCAUUAUAUAGCCAUUUCCACAGUUGGACAACAGUAAAUCGAGUAAAACAGUAAAAUAGAGAGAACCGGUGUGGAAUUAUGAAAUCCUCUGAACUUUGAGAUUAUUUAUAAAAGGGGUGUUUGUGAAUGGUUGAUUACUUUACAAUUUUUAUAUAAAGUAAUACAAAUAAAAUAUAUUAAGACAAUAUGCUUGCAGAAACCGCUUUGAGAACUAUAUAGCUGGGUAAUAAACCUGUCAUAAAACAGAUUUACAGGUCCAGUCAGCUCAAUUUACGCAAAACAUUUUGAUGAAAACUUUUUGCUCAUUAAAUUUGUGUUCAUAUUACAAAUUGGUUGUGCUUGUAGAACUGGGGCCAGGAAACAGAAUGCCCACUCCACACUUUCAAUGCUCCUGUGUAAUUCAUAGAUCUUCAUUAGGUCAGUUCUGCAUUCCUAUGUAAAUUUACCCUGUGGGAACACUUCAGAAUGUGUGGUGGAGAUCAGCAUUUUUCCCAUAGCACUUCCAAUGCCAUCAUAUUUAUUUAUUUAUAUCACUAAGAAGCUGCAUGUAUUUUUAUGUUUACUUAUGUGGCAGGCUAUUCUGACACACACACACACACAGCCUGGGGUGAGAGAGAGCGAGAAAGAGAGAGAGAAGAGGGCACUAUUUCUUUUCUUUUUCUGUGCUGAUACAGAGCUCUUUCAUUUCUUUCACAUUCUCAAGAGUUGCACUUCACAGUGAAGGGCGAUCAGAGGACAGAAUGAUGUAAAACAAUACAACUCACUGUAAUACUGAAGAGAAAGAGUGAAAGAGGGACAAACACCGGGCAAGUGCUUGAAAAGAAAAAAAGAUUUGUAAAUCUUUUACUUAGAUUUGAUAGCAUAAUGAAAGAGUUGAGGAAUUCUUGUUGAUCUAUGGAUAUUUUACCAAGUUCGUAUUUUUUUUACUUUCAGCUGUUAUACUGUUUUUUUUUUAAGUACCCCAAAAAUCAACAAUCAUUAACUUUGUAGAGCCAACUUCUGAUAAACUUUUAAAACCAACAGUUUGUCAGUUAUUCUGUUAUAUAUAUAUUUUUAAAACUCCCAUAAGGAACAAAGCUUUUAUGCCCGCGGUUGGCGAAUGUUUUUAAUUGUUUCCAAUGGAAGCACAGCGUUUUUUAAAAAAGCCAGCAACUGGCGGAUUUUUUCCGCCCUGAAAGCUGGCGCUCGAUGGUUUUUCCGCGCUGAGCGUUGAGAGUUGAAAGAAAUUCAACUUUGGGUGAAAAGCUCCGCUCGUCAAUGUCUCACACGGCCGUCCAAUCACAGUGGAGGAGGGUCGGGACAAGUAUCACAACAACCAACCGGCUCACAGUUCAAGUAUCACAGCUACCAAAUCGCUCAGCUGAAAAAACAGCUGGCAGUUGGUGUCCUCCAGGUGUUUUCAGCUGCGUAAAAAAGCUUUGGCUGGUCAGUGGUAAUUAUGUUAUUAAGAGAGAGAUUCAGUUCAGACUGAUGGAUGUUCUACAGGAGUCCCAAUUCUCAGGGGCAGAUCAAAACCCCUGCCCAGGAGAUCCUAGUGAAAAUGAACCACAUGACCCAUUGGUGGAUGUUACACAUGAUCUAAGGCGCUGUGAUGACAUCGAACCUGCUGUGCUGUCUCUUCCCUCACUCUGUGCCCAGAGUCAGACAGCUGAUGGGCCACUUAGCCCAGCUGACCUACACGAUGGGUCUGUCUCCAACACCACCUCUUUGUCCUCUCUCUCUUCAUUCUCCUCUCUUUCCUCCCUGUCCUCUAUCUCUUCUGUGCCCUGUUCCAAACCUGUUACGCCCUGGGCUGUUUCACAGACCUGUGACAGGUCAUCCCUCUCUAACAUGGACUCGAGGGUUGGAGACUGCCUUAGCUGUCUGAUCCCCAAAAACUCUUCAGAACCGGAAUCCUGUGAGUCCGUGCUUAGCUUUGCCAGCAUCAACUUGCAAUGCCUUGGCCCCACCCCCAGCACAGGUCGCUAUGGUGAUCAGGUUCUGUCUGACCAGCUACUCAGUGGCCCCGCCCAUCCAGCUGGAACCAGUGAUGGUGCUGAGGAAGGGAGGUCGAUGCAGGAGAGUGAAUCAGACGAUGAUCCUGCAUCCAGGAGCAUAUACGAAGGUCUUGGAGAGGAAGCACAGGACUGGAGCUGUUUAGAGACUCUCAUCAGUGAGAGCCGUAUGGAGCUGUUGGACUUAUGCUCCCGCAGUGAACUUGCAGUCAAUCUGUUCUGUGAGGAAGAUGUGGAAAAUUACAUGUUUCAGGAGGAGGAGGCAGCACUCAGUACUGAUGUCUGCUCACUUAAGAUACGCUAUGAGUCCUAUCAGGACGGAGUGCAGGAGAGGAGUGAUUCUGCCCUGCAGGAUGAAUCUCAGCUAGGUUUCUUUCCCAGCUUACCUUGUAGUAAAAAGGAGCCAAAAGAGAAACCAAACCAAUCAUCUGAGAUUAAGGCCGAUGAUCAUGUGACCCCCAAUAUUAGCCCAGACAGUAACAUUUUUUUUGAUCUCAGUAACUCACCAGAAGAUUCUGGUGAAUUUAGUGAUGAUAGCUCUUGCACGGGCUCCCCUGACCAUGGACUCUCCCUUCGUAAUGGCCGGCUGUCCAGAGAAAACUCGAGCUCGUCCAGCCAACUAAGCUACCGCCUCCGAGCUAAGAGGAAGGUGGCCUAUCGAGAAGACUACCUGUAUGACGUAGACUCUAUAGAAAGUGAAAGGAAUGCAGAGAAACGUGAGAAACAGCCCACUGGCCUUAAGAAGGAACGUGAUGAUGACUGGUGUCCAAAGAAAAAGCGGCGAUCUAAUCGGAGGGAGCCUCCUGUCAUUAUAAAAUACAUCAUCAUUAACCGUUUUAAAGGCCAGAGGCACAUGAGAGUGAAGCUGGGACGGGUUGACCCAUCACCUGCUGCGGUCUGUUUGAGUCCGAAUUCACUGCUGCACUAUGAAAGACUCGCACCAUUAAAAGCGUACUGGCAGAAAAGAGAGAAGGAACAAGAAGAACAGAAUAGACUGACAGCUACAGAAAGAACCAAACGUCUCAAUGGUUGCAAAAGACCAAGCAGUACGCUCAAACGAAAGCACAGGAUGGCCAGGGUCAGAAUACAGCAGAUCCAUGCAGUAGAGAAUUCUCUCGCCUGCCAAACUAUAGCUGUCUCCACCAACAAUCAGCCAGGGGAGACUGAAUCACUGAAAAGCACAGAGGAACCAAAAGAGGACAUGGCCUUCGUUAAACACACUGCCAGGGCAAAAAGCAGAACACAGGAAAGAGAGGAGAGAAGAAACGCAGGUAAAACAGGGAAGAUAAAAAAAUUUAAAAGUGAAGCAAGGCUUAAGUUGAAAAUACUAGAGAUUGAGCAAGAAGCUGAGACACAAGAAGUCCCUGAGGCCUCUGAGACUGAGCAGUGCACCACAUGUUUACCAGAAAAUCUUAGCGAAUCUUUAGAAAGUAAUGUUAUUUCAAACGAGACCUCCAGUAGUGUCCCUGAAAAAUGCACUUUGACCCCAACUGCUCAGGGGACUGCUGGAAAUGCAGAGCUCCUCCCUGGGGGAUACCUACAGACUCUUUUGGAAGCCUCAGAGUCAUCCAGCAGUGGCAACCUCCCCUAUUUCCAUUCAGAACUGCAGAAUACCAGAGUGCAGCCUGUUCAGAGCUGCGUCCUCUCUCCCCCAUCCGAAUCUGAGUUAACUCACUCUCCUUCACCUGUGCACCAUGGGCAACACCCCACACACUAUGCUGAGCCCAACCUUAAUGAACCAAACCAAUCCAUUUCAUGGCCAUCUCAGCCAUCUUCUGAACAGCUGCCCUUCUCACCUGACAUUCCAACCCAGUCUCCUGUGAUGCCAUCAGGCUUCCCCACACCAUUGCCUUUGUUAGCAGGAGAUGGCACAACUGUGGCAGGAUAUGGUCAGGUGUCUCUGUCAGGGUGCAGGGUGUCAUAUGAGGAGUCCCAACCUGAAGCUGAUUAUGGAAUGAGUCCACCUGGGUCUCGGAGUGACAGUGGUGUGGGGCGACUAGUUAGCUUUAACUCCUUAGGGUCGCUUUCUGCCACUUCAAGCAAUUACAGCUCACUCAGCCUGAGAGAAGGAGAGCGAGAGAGAGAGGAAGAGAUUGCUGAGAUAAAUGAUGGGUUUCUGCCACACUGCAGCCCGCGACUUAUCCUACAGCAAAGUCUUGAGGAGGUCGCUCCUCUUCGAGAGUCCACAGACCUCCUGGAUAUCUCCAACUUUACACCUGACAAAUUCCGCCAUUCAUCACUAUCUGAGAUGUCCCCACCAGACACGCCUAACCCUUCUCCGCAACUUCUGGGGAACUGUGCGAAAAUUGGUGAGUUCCCAGAGUCAGGAGAUGCAAACGUACAGUGGAAUUGUGGAGUUGUCCCGCAGCUUGAUCAAGAUGGCGCAGGAAACACACACCUCCUACAGAUACACACUUUUAACACAGAGGAGGAAGAAGUGGGGCUUAGAGAUCACAAAAACUCGACAAAAAAGGGUGGAAAAAAUGGACAAGGUGCUAAAAAGACCAAAACUUCUAAAAUGGUGAAAGGAGAUAAAGUGAAGCUCCCACGUCAGGGCUCUCGGUCCGUACGAAAGAUUAAAGCCUUGCUCGAAGGAAAAGCGGCCAAAAGUGGGGGAGGGUCAGGGAGUGGUGCUUCAUCCCCCACCCCAUCACUUGGGAUGACUGGAGCUCAAGGAGAGUGGCCUAACACUGGAGGUUUGUCAAAUGAUGACCAACGAGAGUUUCAGGAACCUUCAAACAUCCUGUCCAACAUAGUGUCCGGCAUGGCCGAAGUACAGCGCUUUAUGAGGGCCUCCGUGGAACCACUUUGGGGGCCCUGCCUAUCACCAGGUCAGCAUGCCCUCCAGAGCCAGACACUGAAGAUUCUGGGUAGUGCCGCUGACGUUAAAAAGCGUGGUGGUGCCUCAGGGGGAGGUAAAGGAAAGAAAGGAGCUGGUCGUGGUGCUAAAACACUGCCUAAACUUCUCCCACCAGGCUUCUUUCCUCCCCUUGGAUUGGACUGCCUCCCACUUCCACACCGCCCAGCCCACAAAAAAAUGUAUCGUCAUAAAAGCAGCGCUAAGUUUGCCCGUGAGGAACUCUUAGCAGGCAAAAGAGACAUAAAAGGAGUAGCACUGACUGCUUUGGUAGAGAAACGGAGCUAUAACACUCUAUGUGUUAAAUCAGUGUCACAACACCACCGUUUAAACCAAGCCCAGCGUCCUGCUCUGUCUCUCAGAAAAUGGUUGCCUUCUGUUCAGGGGUCAAAAGUCAUGUGUAGUAUAUUUUGAUAAGAAAUAUUUUCCCCUUGUUAUUGUGCCAAACUGUCAGAGCUUUGGGCUUUGACAUAUUGAAAGAAAAGAAUUCUUGAGCAAGAUGCUCUUGUUUUCUGAAACUUGCCAGUCUUAAAUGAGAUUUUUUUCCUCAUCGUUGUUUGUUUUUAAGUUGUGAUUGGGGGUUCAUUCAUCUGUGCUCCAGUGAAUAUCCUCCUGCCAGUAUCAAAAUGCUGUUGUACACAAACAUAUGCACUAUUUACAAAACAAGAUUAUAUCAGACAUGUUUAAAUUAAUGUGCCAAACUAUGAACAUUUAAGUGUACAGACAUUUUUAUCUACGUAAAUAUUUGCUGUUUUAUAACGUGGCAGUGAUCGGGGACCGUGUGUGUGCCUGGGAUGGGGUGGGGGGUUGUUAAUCUGAGAUUUACUUUUGUUGCAUCACAUUUGUAUAAACAGCCAGCAGUGAGGAGUCAUCUUAAAAGUCAAAAGAAAAAUGUUGUUUAAUUUCUGUAUUUACGCUCCUGACUAGGCAUUAGAGGCAUGAAGUGAGAGAUGCAUGAUGAGAAAUAAUGGCAGAGGAAAGAUUUUCCUUCCUGUUUUUCUUCUGAAUGGUAAAAGAUUGCUGUACAUGUAUAAGAAAGUAACAAAGGAGUCAUUCCCGCAUAUAUAAUGCAUUUCAACGUUUACAUCCCAAAACUUCUAGUUUAGCUCUUGGUAAAUCUCACGUGUUCUUCUGCUAUGAUGAAGUUUACUCCAUUGCAACCAGUUUAGAACAGGACCAAAUCUUUUUUUCUGUUCAUUAUUUGUAAUUUGUUGCUAGUGAUGUGCAUGCUUUCAAACAUGAUAUGAAUUUGUGCUGUGAAUGCUGAUCCCCGAAUUUAUUUCUACGUUCUUUUCUGAUUUCAUAGUUUUUCUCUUGUUAAAAUGUUAUUUGUUGUGUAUAAAAGAGGGAAAGAUGACAACCCCCAUGUUCCGUUUACUUCAUUAUUGCAGAAUCUAGUCCCAAAAUUCCUCUCUUCGAAAUUAUGCCAGAAGAAAGGACGUUUCUUUUACUCUUUUGGUGACUAACAGAAACACUUUCGAGUUCUUUGACACCACGUUAUUGAAACUUGAAGGUUUAAAAACUGUUUCACCAAGCUUAGCUGGUUCAAAUACUUUACACAUUGCUGUCAAUUAAUUUGCGUUACAUUACUGUGAAAAACAUUUCUAUGAAAAUGUUGGGGGAAACAGGUGCAGAUGAGAAGUGACGCUCCGCAGCUGGUGGUGUGAUUCAGAAAGUCUUAAUUUUAAGGGGAACUAAUUACAGUUUUCCCAGCCAAAUCAGCCUCACCAAGAAAAAUAUUAGCCUGUAAAAAUCAUUUAUAUAAUCAAUUUUAUAUCAUCCAAGUGAUUUUUCUCCUUAUGCUGAGCGAAUGAAGAUGUAAAACAGUUGGUUCAGGUCCGUUGGCUCAGGGAACCCAACUGCAUUUACUUCUGUCAUUCCCACAGCUGCCCAUCUUUACAGAUACAAGCUGCUCUCAGUGCUGCCCCCUGCUGUACUGUUAUUAAAUGGCACUUCUGUUGUUGAACCUGCCGUAAGGGUCUAUUAAAAUCUGCAGGACAUCUGUGAUGUCAGUGCAGUAAGUUGUUGUUCACAUUCUGAGAGCAGAUCUAACUGAAGGUGUUUAUAUUUAAGAAGUUAUUCCCCUGUAAGUGCAUAAUGUAAAAUUAAAACAGGCAUAUCAAAAACUUAAUUGUGCCCUAUUUAUGAAUGUAUUAUAUUGUCGAGUCGGAAGUAUUUUUUUUCAUGAUUUAUUUAACAUUACAUGUAACUCCUUUUGCCUUUUUCUCAUCAUCAAGGAAAAAAUAAACUGUUUCUACUACCUGGUCAGUCUUCGCCAGGUGGAUUCUCAAUGACUCUUGAUGUAAGAAAAAAUGAUGACCUGUAUAUUUUUCAUUGUGCCAAUUUGUAACAUAUUUUCUAAGUGUAUAUUUUUCUUAGAAAGUGAUGUGAGGUCGUUCUUACUGUGGCUUCUGUUUUUCCCUUUUCAGCAAGUGAAAAGGUUGCUAAUUGCCAUGAUGUUUUUUUCUUUCUCUCUCUCUCUCUUAUUUGUUUUUUGUUUGUUUGUUUUAAACCAAACAUUUUAAAAAUUCUAAAAAAAAAAAGAAAUACAUAAAAAACUAUUGUAAAGGAGAGAGAAAGAGAGCAAGCUGUGACUUUGUUGAGAGUUUUUUUGUAAUUGGACCAAUCUUGUUGUAAGAGUGUUGUGCUCUAGUACAAAUAUAUAUUAAUUUAAAGAAAAAAGAAACAAUGAAAACAGACAGUGGAACAAUUACACUAAUUUGUGAUCUCAUUGCUGUUUUAUAGAUUUUCAUGUAAAUUAUUCUAGUAUUUUGUUUUUGUUGUAUCUGUCACAAAAGUUGAAAUAUUUGUGAUCAAGCCUGUAUGGUGACAAAUGUAAUAUUGGUAACUUGCUGAGUUUUGUAAUCAUGUUUAUGGAAUAAAUAUUAAUUAAAAGA